AUGAUUGCUACUCACAUUUACGAUAUACGAUAUAGAGUACUGGAAAUAUAUCAAAUUUUUCUGGAUGGAGAACAACGAAACCUAAACGAUCACAAUAGAAUUGGAAUCGUACAAAAGCAUGCAACAGAUCUAUGUAACAUUUCGCAAUCAGAAGUUACGCUUACAGACAAUGAACAUUGUCAUUAUUUAUACAUCAAGCAAUACGUGAAACAUUGGUUGAAUUUUAGGAAACUUAAUGACAUCGUCAUUAAGUACUGCGAAAUGUCCGGAUUGAAUAUUAAUGGAGCGAUAAAACUGGGUAUCGAUGGUUCAGCAACGAGGACAGCUCCUACAUACGGCGGUAGAAAAUCUAGUGUCUCUCAUCAUCACAUCGCUUUUUAA